AUUCAACCUGAGGAGGAAACAUGAAAAGUUUGCUUUUUCUCACCUUGUGUUUCUCCACCUUUCUGCUCAUGGUUGAUGGACGACAUCCCACCUGUAACUUCCUGCUGGAGGUGGAGCGAGACGAGGCCGAAUGUGAGAGGAGGCUGAGGGAGGAGGAGGCUGCCGGGAAACACAAAGGCCCAGGAUGCAAAGGAGCGUGGGACAGCAUUGCAUGCUGGGAGAGAACUGAGGUCGGACAGACCUUCACCAUCCCCUGUCCUCGAGUCCUCAAGACUGUAUUUGGGAGAAAUGGUAACAUCAGCAGGAACUGCACGUCUGCAGGAUGGUCAGAGGUGUUCCCGAACAUCUCCAGUGUUUGUGGGUCGGACACCAGCCAGGACAAGCAGCUGGUGUUUUACGUGGUCGUGAAGACGUUGUACACCCUGGGUCACAGCCUGUCAUUAAUCGCUCUGACCACCGGGAGCGCCAUUCUCUGUCUGUUCCGGAAGCUCCACUGCACCAGGAACUACAUCCACCUCAACCUCUUCCUCUCCUUCAUCCUGAGAGCUGUGGCCGUGUUGGUGAAGGACGACAUCCUCUUCAACAGAAACUCUCAGUGCUCCAGCCAGCCGUCACUGGUGGGAUGUAAAGCCAGCUUGGUGUUUUUCCAGUACUUCAUCAUGGCUAACUUCUUCUGGCUGCUGGUGGAGGGGCUGUACCUCCACACGCUGCUCGUCGUCAUCUUCUCCGAGAACAGACACUUCAUCGUCUACAUGUUCAUCGGCUGGGGAUUCCCCCUGGUGUUCGUGUUUGCGUGGGUGAUGACGAGGAUUUAUCUGGAGGACACGGGAUGCUGGGAGAGGAAUGACAACCCCGUACCCAACUGGGUGAUCAACGGACCAAUCGGUUUAUCCAUUAUGGUGAACUUUAUCCUGUUCAUCAGCAUUAUUCGGAUCUUGGUCCAGAAGCUGAGGUGUCCUGACGUGGGCGGAAACGACCAAUCACAAUACAGGAGAUUGGCUAAAUCCACCCUGCUGCUGAUCCCUCUGUUUGGCAUCCACUACGUUGUCUUCGUUUCUCUCGGCGGAUCCAUCGCAGAGGAUUAUAAAAUAUUCUUCGACCUGGCACUCGGAUCCUUUCAGGGUCUGGUGGUGGCCAUUCUGUACUGUUUCCUAAACAGUGAGGUGCAGGGUGAGCUAAAGAGGAAGUGGCGGAGUAUGUGUCUGAACUGCCGUCUGAACAGAGAUCACUUCAGCAACACCUUCGCCUCCAGGAACGGUUCAGAGCACAUGGUGCAACCUCACAGAAACUCCAGAACCCAGUCCAUCCUGCAGUCUGAGACAUCCGUGCUCUAA